UUACUAUUUAUAUCCCCAUUAGAGAAAGGAAAAUCUAUACACAACCUAGGACUGGGCUAUAAUGAAAGUACACCACAUCGAUCUGUCCCUAGUGAAAUAGCAAGUGAGAAUCAGAAACCUCUGCAUACCGAGGGUGCAUCGGCUGCUUAUAAACAUGGAGAACGACAUCACUGAUGUAAAACCAGUGUGUUAAAAUUAAGUUAAACCGUCGUCUUCAAACCAGGUCAGGGCUCCACUGUGUAUAUCAACACAGCGCUGUUGUUUAUUUCUUUCGUUCGUCUGCUUGGAAUAUAUCACGUACACAGAAAUCCAACAUUGACUGACGGGAGGGCCAAGUAUUUAUCAAAAGAUGGCCGAAUCUGAGUUAGAACGUUUCAAUGUUGUGGUUGCUAUGGAUGGGAGUGAAUUCGCCAAGUUUGCAUUCGAAUGGUACGUGAAGAACGUUCAUCGACCGGAGUUUCACGUUGUCUUAGUACAUGUGAUGAGUAUGGAAAGUGCAGUCCACAACGCGGAAUGGUAUAAACCUAAUGCAUCUCCGCAUGGGUACGACACAAUACUCCUGAAAAAUCUUAUUGAGGAGGAAAAGGAAAGAAUAAGAGACAAACUGAAGGUGUUCGGUGAACUUCUGCAGGCUGCCGGGAUAGAGGGCACUGUCAAAAGCAUCCACUCUGAAAAACCUGGUGCAGGUAUCAUACAGGCCGCUGAGGAAUGCCAAGCCAAGAUGAUUGUGACUGGAUGUCGAGGACUCGGUAAACUCCGGAGAACACUGAUGGGCAGCGUCAGUGACUACAUUGUACACCAUUCAACAGUCCCGACAAUGGUUUGUCGACAUCCAGACGAGGAUCACAAACAUGGACAAAAAAGCAAAUAGUCUCAUAUUCUUCGACAAAUCAAGAUAGUUAAUGCACAGGGGCUCGGUUACAAGUUUUCAGUGACAUAUGACAUCAGUAACAAUCACAAAACUAUAAACUAAGCAUUCAUAUAUAUUCUGAAACCUUAUACAAAUAUGUUACUCAAAAUCCCGAAACCAAGCCCCUGUGGUUUUAGAAGCAAAGUUACAUUAAUACGUUAUGUGUUUUUACAGUAGUAUGUUAUGUAUUGAAUGGUGUAUUGUAAUCAUAUAACACAUAUGUACAUUACCAGACAUAUUUAGCCGGGACAAAGGAGAAUUAAGGGUGUACGCCUAUACAUUGAUUGGCUUGGCGUAUAAUGCAUUUUAUCGUUUAUUCCGAAAAUCAUCUCACAUUUAUACUGUGAAGACUGGCAUAAUUAAUAUAGAUAAACAGAUAUAUGUGUAUAUUGUAACAUUACUAUAAGAAACUGGCACAAGUAAUAGCCUCGUCUGUCUAUUAACCAAACCUAAUAUAUUGAUUAUAUAUGUAUUAUUGGUUACGUAUAUGAUUAAUUAUAGAUAUAAUUAAUUAAAGAGGCUUACCCGCAGACGGACCGGUAAACGGCACAUCUCCGAUCACUAAAUAAACUUCAGUACAUGUUUCUAUGUGACAAAAUUAGAGGCUUUCCGACUUUAUUUCUUGAAAACAAUUACAAAGUAUGUAUUUAAAAGACGCUUUAAAACUCAACUUGAGAAGGAAAUGUAUGGAAUAUAACGGCAAAUCUUCUUUGUAAAUCGCCGCUGCCUUUGAAGUUAUCACUGUGUCAAUCUGUCAUGUGUAAAACAAUCUUUUUCUAAUAGCCAAUUUUUCUGAUCUCUCUGCGGGCAAGCCUCUUUAAAGAUAUAUUUAAUGAUUAUAUAUAAUCGAUCAUGUAUUGGGUUUUUUAACAGACGAGGCUAGUACUGGUGUAUUUGUUUUACUAAUGGAAUUAUACUUUCUAGUGGAAAAUAUAUUGUGCAAUAAAAUACCAUGUUUAGAACAUAUCGUAACAUCACUGGACGUAUCAAUAGAACCAUAGAUUUCAUUUAAAAAUUAUAACCUGUCUAGUUGUUAAAUUUCACGGGCUAAUAUUUUGCUAUUGCCCAAAUUUGAUAUCAUUCGCAGGUAUUAGAUUUCGCGCAACACCGCCUUGUAAGUAUUCUGCGGUAUUCGGCACAUCUCGGCAGAUUCCACUACCCUGCUUCAUAAAGGAUAGCAGAAUAUGACGAGGUGUGCCGAAUGCAUACUGCAGUUAACGCUUCUCUGCAUUUGUGUGUAUUUGAAACUAAUCGUUGGGUAUUUAUUUACGCAUUAUAUUCAUUGACCGCGAAUAUAACCAGCUAGCUGUAAUCAAAAAAACUGUCUGCUAUCUAGUUCCGAUUACUUUAAUGAUACGGGACAUGAUUUACCAUACACGAUGAACAAUAAUGGAUGCAAUAUAAAGCAGUUCUAAUCUCACUUUGCUGCAUUGCUUAUAUAUGGUUAACGUGUUAUGUUAAGAGCGGCUCCAUUGGCAAAACUGCAUUGCUUCAUAUUCAAAAUAUGAAACGCCCCUUAACGCAUGGCAGACAGGUAAACGCAAUUUAACUAAGUCAUGGCUUACUAUUGUAAUCUUGCUUCGUUAAGGAAAUCUUUCUUAUGUUCAUGUUCUAGAUCAGGAAACAGUAGUUGAUCACGUUCACUGUACACAUUCAUCAACAAAUCCACACACCGACAUCGUUUUCAGCUUCAGUUAUUCACUCGGUAUUCCGCGAAUGUGACUCACUCCACAUAUUUGUGUUGCGGGAACCACCAAGGGAAUUCCAGUGGGAAACAGUAAACGGAGAUAGAGCUUAACGAGAAGUUAGCUGUGUACAUCUUACGGUUUGAGUGUGAAAAUCACUAAUCCAGAUUGGGGAAAGACUGGUUCAAUAAACAGUUACGCCAUAUCAUAAUAUCAUACAAUGGUCGUAACGUAUGUGAUAUAUUUAUAUAGUUAAUAACACACCGAUGAAAUAUAUUGCGUCAUAUGUACCGAAAAGACAAUGACAUCGAAAUCCCUCAGGAUGUCUCAUAAUAAGACAAGAAUUAAAAAAAAAGAAAAGAUAAUAACGAGUGAAAAAAAGGAAAGAAAAACUUAAAGUGAUCUGUGGCUUUUUGAAGGAUUUGUGGCAUUUUACGAAUACAGAUGUGUAUGUUGAAAUCUUAUUGUUAAGUUGUAUUAUGGUGUUGAUAUAUCGACUAAUAAUGACCGAAUAAAUGGUUUUCCACUUUCA